AUGAAUAUCACGAGCCUUCAAGGCUUGACGAAGUUCCACUACAGUCUCGUUAAAGAGUGUGAUGUCGGGAUCUGCGGGUAUGGGUGUGUCGGGGUUACUCAAAAAGCUAAUUCUUUGCUUGAUGAAAAGCAGCCAGCUUUUCCGGGUCCGGCCUUCGAGCCUGGAAAGACUUCUUGGGUGACGACCGGGGCGCACCUGAGCUUGCUAGCCUAUAACCACAGACAUUUGGCGCAAGAAAGUCGAAUAAAAGAAGGGAUUUAGGCCUGCAGCCGACAUGGCGAAGCAUAAGUACCAAUGACUGGUUUAUGUCUGUAGCUU